UUAUGCAAUUUUGGGACACCCUAAUCUAUAGUUCUUGUCAUUGUUGUCAUUUCUAUAAUUCUUGUCACUGUUGUUUUCUUGUCAUGCUCUAAAAAUAAGGAAAAUAUACUUAUCGUUUUUAUUUACGCUUCGAUUGUCUUUCGUAGAAGAUCAUUCAAGAAUAGGGGAGAUGGGGGCAUAAUGGCCACCUUAAGGAAAACGGUAAUUUAACCAUAGAAAAUAGCUAUAAUAUGGAGAUUACAUUAUUGUUUCGUGUUCAGACACUUGAAAAGCCUAUUCCCUAACGGGCUGAAACGUGAAAAACUAGAUGAAAACGUUAAAAAAUGCAUUUUAAAACAUUUUGCCAAAAGCUGAAAACCAGCCACUGUGGAGGCAUAAUGAGAACCCCCUCUGAGGCAGUAUGAGCACCAUUAAUCAGAGCAAGAUGUGCGUUUUUGCCGGGGAAUCUAGCAGCGAAUUCAAUUCGAUGAAGUCAGGUGAGUCGUAGAUUCAUCAAACAAAGCAAUAACAAAAUAAUCUAGGUCUGUUUGUAGAAUACAAACAAUUUACGUACGCUCAUACAUUAUGUGCUUUGUUUGGCGGAUGAUGCUACUAGCCGUAGAAUGUAACAAUAAAAAAAUCGAUCGUGAAUUGUAAAUGGAAAAAAAUCACCUCGAACAGAAAUCUAACUCUAGUCUUUUGAUUACCUCUCCGACACCUUACCAAUAGGCUAAAUCGUCGGAUGAAAACUAGUCAAGUUGUGGCUCUAUAAAUCAAGCAUCAUUCGCUGCUAGAUUCUACGGCAGAAAAUGCUCAUUAUGCCUCGAUAAUAUGGUGCUCUAUAUGCCCCUAGUCAACAAAUCUAAGUAAAAACGUGUUUUAAAGUUGAUAAAAGUGAAAAAUCAAAAAUUUUAUGAUGGUAAAAAUUGAGAAACAAUGUGUACAUCAUGUUGCAGUGCGUACAUUAUAGAUCAAGGUUAUUUUAAGAUCAUAAGAGCUUAUUUCGUGGUGCUCAAAAAUUAUAAUAUUUUCGUAACUUGAGAACCAAGCUAGUUUUUUUUAAAUAUCUCUGUAAAGAUGAUAAGGAGAUUCCUUUUUUUGUGAAUAAUUAAUACUAUAGGAAGUACGAAACAAAUCCUCAUGAAAAUUUAUUUAAGAAAAUACGUACUUUCGUAGAAAAGCGUAGUGCUCAUUAUGCCCUGGGUGCUCGUUAUGCCCUCAUCUCCCCUACUGAUUAAUAUUUGGUAUCAGAGAACAUGAGAAACUGCAUUGUUUGAACUUUUCAUAGUGUUACCACAAGACCGUUUCAUCAGUACAUAUAUCAAUAAUUCAAGCAUUGAAACUUCGAUCAGUUCAAUCCUUUUAUUUUAUUUAUUUGAAAAGCCACAAUUUGAGAGUUUAAUUUUUUGGCGGCAAUAGGAACAAUAAACUUAACUUCUACAUUGGUGAAUUGAACGUGAUCCAAUCAAUCAGCAAAACCUGAUCUGAUGAACGGGCAAAAAAUCUAAAAAUCUGCGCUUCUGUUUCACCCAAUUAACAGUGAUUAUAGAAAAUUCGCAAAUGCGUAGAUGGACCGAUCUACGGGAAGAUGUAGAGGUAUUUAAAGUUUUCAUCCAUGCUACCGGCCAGUCAGAAGAAUACUAGUUUUCGACUCUUAAACUUCCGAAAGCACUCGGAUUCUGUUUGUUGCGGCAGUGAAGAGUUUCGAUAAAAGUGAAACCGGCAUGGCGAACGCCACGUAUCCCGAGGUCUACAUAGACUUCAUGACCAUAAACUCUACGGUUCAUAUUCCGGCGCAGUACGAUGUUACGAUAGCGGAUGCGGCUUACAUUGUGACCAACGCGAUCAUCCUCGUUACCAUGCAAACCGGAUUUGCCCUGGUCAACGCAGGAACUGUGACCAAGCAGAAUAGUGUGAACAUGAUGAUGAAGAAUACGGUUGAUACGGCCAUUGGUGGGUUCGCUUUUUGGUUGGUCGGGUUUGGAUUGGCCUACGGCAGAAGUGCGGCGAAUAACAUGUUUAUUGGCUGGGGUGACUUUUUGGUGGACUGCGCGAGAACUGAUCCUCUCAUGGGAGGCGUAAUGACGGCCUUCAUGUACGAGAUAUCGUUCUCUUCGUCCUCUACAACGAUCACCAGUGGAGGCAUGGCAGAAAGGUUCAACUUCACAGCCUACUGCGUGUUCGCAUUCUUCAACGCACUCGUGUAUUCGCUGAUAGCAGGUUGGGUGUGGCGUGAGAACGGUUUUCUCAGCCUACUGGGUGCAGUUGACAUCGCCGGUGCUGGUCCCGUCCAUAUGCUCGGGGGCGUCGGAUCGUUUGCCGCUGCUGUUUACCUUGGUCCGCGAAUCGGUCGCUUCGAGAAACAAAAGGGACAUCGUCCCAUGGGAGAUACCGUGAUUGCCUUUUUGGGCUUGUUUAUCUUGUGGUGGGCAUGGUUAUCGUUCAAUACAGCCAGCAGCUAUGGAUUGAGCCGCGGUCGCUGGGGUUAUACGAUUCGAUCUGCGGUGAUGACGCUGUUGGGUUCCAUGGGAGGUGGUGUUACGGCUUGCGUAUUCUCAUUGAUUGAUCACAAAGGAGAAGCUCAACCAUUCCACGUUAUGAACGGAAUUUUGGCAUCCUUGGUAUCAGUAACAGGCGGUUGUUACCUAUUCUCAUCGAUUCCAUCCGUAUUUAUUGGUGCGGUUGCUGCAUUACUGUGCUUAUUGAGCAUGAAAUUGAUGGACAAAUUCCAAAUUGACGAUCCUUUGUAUGCCUGCACUGUGCACGGCGUUGGUGGAGCAUGGGGACUCAUCGCAAUUGGACUGUUUGCUGUUGAUCCAAUACCCCAAACUACAACGGGAGGACGAUCUGGAUUGUUCUAUGGAGGAGGAUUCUCUUUGCUGAUCAGUCAAGUUUAUGAAGUAUUGGCAGUUCUUCUAUGGGGAUUGGGAGCCACCUACGCUUUGAUCUGGAUCAUCGAUAGGUUCAUUCCGGUCAGGCUGACGCCAGAACAAGAGGCUCGCGGAGCGGAUUUGGCUGAACAUGGAACAGAUCAUGCCAGGAAUACUCUCUCGAACAUGAUGCCUCUGUGGAAUAAAGAUAUAGAGCUGGAAGAUGGCUUGCGCUACCGAUUGGCGAAACAAUCACUAGUGAUUAGAGAGUCACAGGGUGAAAUGUACAAAGGCAACUUGAAUUCGGCAUUUGCUGACAGCAACACGCUUCCGAUGGGUGUAUUGCGAAAGGCUGAUCAAACGAAUUUGAAUAUGGGAGUUAACUGAAACAUGUUUACAAAAUCUGAUUUACUCUUCGUCAGAUAACGAAGGUUAUAUGUGUACCAAUAGUCGUCGUUGCAUCGUAUUUUCAAAAAGAUUUGUUAGCUCAUCGUCAAUACGAGAUCAUUCGGUCUAAAAUUCUUGAAGUUGCAAAGUUUUGUUUUCAGCAGAACAAACUUGGUGAGAAUCUGUUUAGAUUGAUUAUUAGCGUUACUCGCUUAUCUGUGAUUGGAAAUAAAUCGAAAGAUUGUCAGCUGAAAUUCCAACUUGAUGUUGACGUAAAACUUGCAGCUUUGUAGAACAAAUCUGAGAAAAAAAAACAAGAUGCCGUAUAAGAAUUACGACGAUAUUCUGAUAUUGGUACGCAUAAUGCCUUUUGAUAUGAAGAGAAGAUUAGAUUUUGUACAAAAAUGUAGAUACUCAAUUGUAACAUUAGGUCACAGUUCUAGACUUCUGAGAAAAAAAAGACGAGCAAGUGUGAUUGUUUUCUUUAGAACUUUUGUCAAUUUCCAAUGACAUUGAUCAGGUUAAUUUUUUUUACAACUACCAGCAACGACUCUGGAGGUUUUAUGAAAUUCAACAGUUAUGGACAAUUUUUCCUUACAAGGAAAAAUGCUAAAGUGUUGCAUCGGACGAAAUUGUAGGAAAUUGUUAUGUUUUCUAGUUGACUCAAUACUUAACAUGGUUGUUCAUUACAAAGUAAUACUGCUUUGAUUUUUAUAAAUAUCUGUUCAAUUUAUCAAUUUCAAGCUUUUCGCUGAAUGGCUCAUAACUGUAAGUUUAACAACAAUAACGUGUUUAAUUUAAAGAGUUGAUUGACACAUAUCAGAUGAAACUUUUCUGCAUUUUUUUAAAUUUGAAAACACAAUUCUGCCAGCUAGAGCAUAACGAAUAGAAGAAGUAAAUGGUAGAGGAAAACUAAAAAAAAUCAUUGAUGGAUAAUUUACAAACAUAUGAAUUGUUUGCAAAUGUCUAAAUGUUCAGCUGAUGAUAGCCGAUUAUCCGAGAUUUUCGCAAUCUUUUUGUCUGAGUAAACCCCAAGUAACACCGAUAGUUUUAUUGGACUCCUCAAGUCACUUCUAAAAGAAAAAAAUAUCUAGUAGCCGGCUAUAAAACUUUAAAUGUUACUUAUGAAUUUGAAUCCGUACAUUUUAAAUUAUAGCAAAUCAAGUGUUCAAUAUCUUUUGUUUCCGUUAUUUUUUUUAGUUUUGUUAAAAAGGCAGUUGAGAAAUGAAGUUGCACUGUUUCUUAUAUUUUAUCAUUUAGUACAUGGUUUUUCAACUAUCAGUAGAUUUUUUUCCCCGAAAACAUUCGUUUAGAAAAGAAUAUAGAAACAUAAUUCAGUAGAUUAUUAGAGCUCCAAAUAAAAAAGUGUGAUU